UUUGUCACCAGUAUCAAAUAUUUGAUGGGUUGUGAUUAAUUUUACUAUGGCGAACAGAGAUCGUCCUCUUACGGAAUAUGGAACAACACGACCUUUUCUGCUUGUACGUGGUGCUGAUGUAACUGGCAAGAAGAAACCAACCAAUUAUUUAGUAACAAUAAUGCACUGCAUUAAGGGAAAUGUUGGUACCGGGAUAUUCGCAAUGGGAUCAGCGUUCAUGAGUAGUGGAAUCUUGUUAGGACCACUACUAACAAUUGUUAUUUGUAUAAUAAAUCUGCACUGUCAACACUUGCUUAUCAAAGCAUGUGUUAAAAUAACAAGCAAAGAACCAAUUGAAGUGCUUCCUUCUUUUGCUGAAACUGUACAAUACACUAUGGAAGACAGUGAAUCAAGCUGUUUACAGAAAAGCUCAAGCGGAUUUGGAGUGGCAACAGACGUAUUUCUCCUACUCGCUGAAUAUGGAUACUGCGUUGUGUACUUUAUUUUUGUUUCCAGACAUCUGGGUGAGAUUGCUGAAGCAUAUAACUGGAAACAAGAUUACCGUGUAAUUCUUGCUUUAAUUUUAAUACCAAUGUGGAUGACAACAUUUUUGGGAAAUUUAAAAAUAUUGCUGCCCGUAUCUCUAACAUCAAAUUUUAUAUUAUGGUUAGGAAUUAUUUUUAUAGUCUACUACUCGGUGCAAGAUCUUCCUCCAAUCAGUGACAGAAAGCUUGUAUCCAAUCCAGAACGCCUUCCCAUGUUCUUUGGAAUAGUCUUAUUUGCAUUCGCUGGAAUAACAUUUGUAAUACCCGUUAGAAUGGAAAUGGAAAAUCCUGAUUCUUUCACGAAGCCUUUGGGUGAACUUAACAUGUCAACACUUGUGUCGUUAUUGUUAUAUCUUCUAAUUGGUUUUUUUACCUACUGGAAGUUUGGAGAUGAUAUCGAAGGGAGUGCUUUUCUAAAUCUGCCACAAGAUGAAGCGUUAGCCCAAGCUACAAAAAUUCUGGUAUCAAUAGGAGUGAUGUUGUCUUAUGCACUGCACAUGUAUAUUCCAUUUGAAAUUUUGUAUCCCAGAUUUUAUAGACGAUUUGGACCCUUUGAACGACCAAAUGGGGUAAUAUAUCUGUACCGAUCGACUGCUGUUCUAAUAACCUAUGCCAUAGCCAAUAUAUCUUCAAAUAUAGCAACAUUCAUCUCUUUGGUAGGAGCUUUUACUGGAGCUGUAUUAUCUAUGAUUUUACCGGUUAUUUGUGAUUUGGUGAUGCAAUACGGUGAAUUAACAUACUAUGUAAUUAUCAAAAAUGGGUUCAUAAUAAUUCUCGCCAUUGCUGGAGGCAUUACUGGAACAAUUCUGUCUAUAAUGGAGAUCAUUGAUGAAUUCACAACUUCAGAAGAAUAGACUCUAUCAGGAAACUGCCUCAUCUUGAAGAAAAUUACGUGUAAUUAUUGAAUGGUAUCUGUUUCGACACCAACAUAAUUGAAAUUCAUAUACGUAAUUUAAUAAAUAAC